CCAGUCAGGUGCUCACUGCUGCUGGGUCCAGGAGUCAGAUCACCGAGCCUUCCGAGCCUUCUGUUGUCUGUCUGUUGUCCUAGGCCGACGAACUUCACACUCAUCCUUCUGGGGCUUCUGAAGAAAUCCCAGGUUGAGACAUCGUUAAGGCAGUGGGAGACGAAGAGACUCCGCAUCGGGUAAAAUGUCGCUGUUAAAGACGGCACUGUUUGGCCUGAGUGCUGCCUUCAUGGUCACUCUGGCUUAUGGUACGCUGGAUGAGAAUUGCUUGGGUUGCUUGUGUCAGGCUUCAACUGGCUGUCAAAAUAUCGGUGGCUGCCCUCGUGGCUACUGCGGACCUUUCCUCAUCUCGAGAGCUUACUGGAUCGACGCUGGGAAACCCGUCUUCAGUAAUCAUGCUCACAACCCGGACGCACCAGGUGCUUUUGAGUCGUGUGCCGCAGACCUCGCUUGCGCAGCUGACAUUGUCCGGGCCUACAUGGCAAAGUAUGGGAAUCAGGAUUGCAACGGGGACGGUUUUGUGAGUUGCACUGACUUCGUCAAGAUUCACAAGCUGGGCAGGAACGCAUGCGGCAAUCACCUCCAGCAAGGAGAGUUCGUAUCAGCCUACGAGAACUGCCGCCAUAAUUUUAACCUUAAAACAGGCAGAAUGAAGACGGCACUUGUUGGUGUGGUGGCCGCGAUCAUGGUCGCCAUAGUUCAUAGUCAAGACGCUAAUUGUUUGGAAUGCAUAUGUCAGGCUUCAACUGGCUGUAAUAGUAAUACCGCCUGCCCUGAUGGUGUUCACUGCGGACCUUACCUCAUCUCCUGGGCUUACUGGUCAGAAGCUGGCAAUUUAACACUCCCCUACGAUCAAAUCCCUGCAGGACAAGGCGUAUAUGAUUCUUGCGUCAGAAACCCGCAAUGCGCAGUUCAAACUAUCCUCGGCUACAUGGCGAGAUAUGGGAAGGACUGCAACGGGGACAACCUUGUGACCUGCACUGAUUACGUCUUGCUACACAAACUCGGCAGGAACGGAUGCCCAGGUGCUCUAAGCGGAGAUUUUGGUUACAAAUAUGAAAUCUGCCGUAAGCAUUACAACCUCCAAUAAACGGGCUUGGCGAGGGUGAAUAAUGACUGUAAAGGUGAUGGCGGGGUAAACUGUCUUGACCCCUACCUUGUACACGAGCUGGGUGACUACUGUUGCUCGCUACUGACUUCUACAGGAGAUUAGACUCCUUCAGGAAAAUGGCUCAAGCAGCAUCCCUUGGUGGUGGACCUUCAUAGAUUAUUAGAUUCAUAUUUUGUGCUUCUGGUAUGUGUAUGCAGUAUACUGUAUACAUAUAUAUAUAUUCCCCGUGAUCAAGAUACUAAUAUGAUUUUUUUUUUUUUACAAUAUAACUUUGAAAACCUUCCUGGAGCUUUUGUGUAUCAGAUGUGAAUUAAAAACUGUGCAAUAUA